AUGGUCCUAUCAAUGUUUUCACACGUCGUUCUUGAUAAUAGUUCACUAUUUGCUGAUAUGGGAGCUGUGGACUUCUUCAACCAGGUGAAUUUGCUUUAUGGUACCCUCACAGAGUUCUGCACUCCAGAAAACUGUCCUACAAAGACUGCAGGCCCCAAGUAUGAGUACAGAUUGGCUGAUGGGGUACAAAUCAAGAAACCAAUUGAAGUUUCAGCUCUAAAAUAUGUUGAAUAUUUGAUGGACUGGAUUGAAUCUCAAUUAAAUGGUGAAUCCAUAUUUCCUCAAAGGCUUGGUGCCCCCUUUCCUCCCAACUUUAGAGAAGUUGUGAAGACUAUAUUCAAACGCAUGUUCUGUGUUUAUGCUCAUAUUUAUCACUGUCAUUUCCAGAAGAUUGUAAGUCUUAAAGAGGAGGCCCAUCUAAAUACCUGCUUCAAGCAUUACAUAUUGUUUACCUGUGAAUUUGGACUGAUUGACAAGAAGGAGCUAGCUCCACUUCAAGAGCUCGUAGAAUCCGUUGUUGUCCCUUGAUAAACCGGUGUGUACUUCCCGAUAGAAUCAACUAUCUAAGGGACACAAUAAGCUGACGUAAUAAUUAAAAAAAAUUGAUAAUUAGUGAUUGACUAGAGAGAUUGUCUGAGAUGCUUGGUAAUUGAUAGUAUUAAUCCAGUGUGCAAGUGCUCUAUGAUUUAAGUAGGUAUCUAUAAUCGUUUUCAUGCCAAAGUUCUUUCUUCCCAUGGAUCAGAAAAUGAAAAGCAAUAAAGCAGUCUUUGUCACCUUAGGCUGUUUGCAAAAUGGCAAGAGAGCACAAGCAGCCAAAUACAAAUCAAACUAAAUUUCUACCGAUCAACCCAAUUGCUUCACUUGCUGAGCCAUGCCAUUAGUAAAAGAACUGAGAGCUCUAGACCCAUCCACGAUGCUCGUGGAACAGUGAAGGUGGAUCCUAUGAUUAGUAUAUAGAGUGAAGACAAUCUAUAUUGUGGUAUCAGAAACACUUAUAAAUUUGAAAUAUGAGUUCAUGUAAUUGUAUCAGCCAUGGGCUUUUCUUUAUUUGUGUGGGGAAUAUAUAUGCUGUAAUAUUCAAACCUAUCAUUCGAGAUAUCAUUGCAUUUUAA